UUCAUUCAGUUUGAACCGGAAAGCCGAGCAAGGUAGACGUGUUUGAGUGGCUGAGUGACCGGUCAUACGAUACGACUUUCCUUGUUAUUUCUCCUAGCCCAGCUGUUUCGACAUUACCGUCAUCUAUCUAGAAAUGUCUAUAGUUCUGAAGCAGAGGCACUCACUGUUGGGCAAGAACUUGCUACCCUUAGCAUUGAGGUUAAAGGAUUUGGCCACAGAUAUUCAGGACGAGAGGGAAUUGGCAAGAUUGAAGAAGGAACAUCCCCUCACUAGAUAUUCCUUAGAGGAGUUGGAGACUGAAUUCAAAAGCCUUACAGGGGAGGAAGCGAAGGAGGUGUUGAGUCUAGUUGGAAAGCAAAGGGAUAUCGAUAACGUUCGUCUCCUGGUGCAUGUUGCUAUCUGCAUGGCAAAUGAUGUUGGGGCCCCUAAGUCAACCCCAAUUGCUAGGUCAUCUAUUUUGGUGGAACCUGGUUCACGUCCCUCGACGUCUCAGUCUGUAGAAUCUCGGGAGGGAGAUGUGUCUAAAGAGUCAAAGGAUGGAGAGAAGAAAAAGGAUGACAUUGAGAUGAGACUGGAAAAAAUGGAGUCUGCCAUGAAAGAAGUGACGGGGAAUACAGAUAAAGAGGUGAACCUGGCAUUAAAGAACAUUUCUAUUUUGGCUAGCAGACCUAAGUUGACGGCUCCUGCAGUUAUGUUAGCUGCGGUUGAAUCAUUAGUAGAUAUCGCAAUUUCAUCUGGGCAUAAAGAGGCUGAUUUUUAUGCGAAGGCUUUGCAAACUUGUAGGAAAUUUGAAAAUAAUCCUGAUAUUUUCGGUUUGUGUCAACGUUUGUUUGGAACAGCAGAUGAUAAGAAAAUUUCAUCUGUUGUGGCAGAAUGGUCUAAGAAUAAAAAGUAUUUAGACGAGAAUAAAGAGUCAAAGGAAAAUGUAAAUUCAAUGUCUUCUGCAGGUUUCGCAGGUCCUCAGGGGUCUAAUUUUGUACCCGGUAGUCCAAAUUUUCCGUUUUGGCAAUCUCCUAUGGGAGCUUGGCAAGGUAUGCCUAUGUAUGGGCCAAUGCCGGCUAGGUUUCCUAGACACAGAUCUUAUGUUGGAGGUGCAUGUUAUUAUUGUAAACGCCCAGGCCAUAUGGUGGCCAAGUGCCCAAAGUUGAUGAAAGAAAAGGAUAAGUAGGCCUUGUGUAAAAUGAAACAUGAAAAUUUGAUAUUAGCAUGUUAAAAAUUUUUUGUAUGUCACUGUUGAAUCGUCAAUAAACCUGAUAAGUAUGUAUUUGGCUUCACAUUUUUAGUAAUUUCAACCAUCAUCCCAAAGGACUCUGAUGCCUUAGUGAUUAUUUCACGCGGGUUGAGGGUUGAAUUACCUCUCCUAUUAUUUUACUUUCAGAUAAAACGCCAAAAAUUUUGUCCAGUUGUUCCA